UACACUACUAAUUUUAGUUGUGGAGAAAGCGGUUUAACGUUUACUACGGUUCUUCGGAAGAACUAUGCCAGAGCCAUCCAAAUCUGCUCCGGCCCCUAAAAAGGGUUCUAAGAAGACCAUCACUAAAGCGCAGAAGAAAGACGGGAAGAAACGCAAGCGUAGUCGUAAGGAGAGCUAUUCUAUUUACGUAUACAAGGUUUUGAAGCAGGUCCACCCGGACACCGGCAUUUCAUCCAAGGCCAUGGGUAUCAUGAACUCGUUCGUCAACGACAUCUUUGAGCGCAUCGCGGGUGAGGCGUCGCGCUUGGCGCAUUACAACAAGCGCUCCACGAUCACAUCUAGAGAGAUCCAGACGGCUGUGCGCCUACUGCUUCCUGGGGAGCUGGCCAAGCAUGCUGUUUCCGAGGGUACCAAGGCCGUUACCAAGUACACCAGCUCCAAGUAUACAACCCCCCAGCUUUGAAACAUUUCAGACGCUGAGCCAGUGUUGAUGUAUAUUGCUGUUGUCCAUGGUGAAGAUAAUAAUAAAUAAUAAAAAGGAAGUGAAUAUUGUUAAGAGAAAACGUCAUAGGAGUCAAAAGACUUGAGAGAAGGUAAAAAGGAAACAGGAAAUGAGCAUCUUUACUCUCCUGCUUGGUUGCCUGUGUCAAAAUAUAGUUCUCUGACCGAAUUGGUUUAGAAGUAAUUUUCUCACACCCAGGCUCUUGUUCCUUUUACCAUCCUGUUAGUUAGUAGACUUUUAGGCUGGAGUGCUCAAAAAUUCCUGAAAUAGUAAUCCGCCUCCAUCUGGGCCCCAUCUAUUUCUAUUUCAUGGACCAUUAAAAGAAAAAACGGCAAGAUCUCCCUCGGUAAUUUCUCUUAAUUUUAUGUUCCUCAACAUGAGAGCUUAAGACCAAACACUCUGUAGUAAUAUUAAUAUAGUGUUUUAUAGUAAUAUACUGUAAUCUCAUUUUGAGUAUUUAUGUGCUGUGGGGUGUUUGUUCUCAUUUCUUAGGAGUCCUUAUGUGCUGCAAAAUUUUCACUCUAACUGCAAGAAGUGCAGUACGAUAUGGAGAAUGAUGGAGGAGUUUUCUAAAGUAAUUAGAAUCCUGUGUGUGGUAGCCAAGUGAGAAAAGAGGGAGGGUAGGAAGGUUGAGAGUGGCACUGGGGAACGACGACAAAGUUUUUCAGCCAGGAUUUUGUUGUCCUUGGUCCCAUUAACCUUGGCAAAGGCAAACAAACUGGGUCUCUCAGUUUCGCAAUCUCCCAGGUGAUCCUGGAAGGCCUCAUAGGUAAGCUAUGAAUGAAACGGAAGACUUGCUGGAUCAUCCAGUUCUUGCCUUCAGUUUUCAUUGUUCAGAUAGUUUAAGACCUGGGCCAGGACAACAAAUUAUUUGUUUCCUCUUCUCCCUCUUUCCUGUCAAGAGUUAAAGAGUUAGAAGAGUUAAAGUAACACUGGGCAUAUAAGUACCUACCUCUUAAAUAUUAUGUUUCGAAAUUGUUCUGCGUUUAUUCCUUUCCAAAAAUCAUGUCACAAUUUCAAUAGCAAAAAGUCAGAACAAUAAGAAUAAUCACUCCUGCUUCUGGUUGCAUUUAACAACAGUGCUUUGAAAAAACAAAAUAGACAACAUUUAUUUUAUUAUUAUUAUUAUUAUUUUUUGCGGUACGCGGGCCUCUCACUGUUGUGGCUUCUCCCGUUGCGGAGUGCAGGCUCGGCAGCCAUGGCUCACGGGCCUAGCCGCUCCGCGACACGUGGGAUCCUUCCGGACCGGGGCACGAACCCCCAAUCCCGUGCAUCGGCAGGCGGACUCCCAACCACUGCGCCACCAGGGAAGCCCUAGACUGCAUUAUUAACAGUAUUAAAAGCCCACCAGACUGCAUGAGAUUGGAACAAACGGAAAACUCACACUAGACGGAAGCCUUCUAUGCAAAUGAAGGAUGCAGGUUCUGAUUUCCCAUUGGUUCUUAAUAGUAGCCAAUGGGAGAAUAGCACAAGCCUACCUCAGGUUAGUAUAAAUAUUGCUCUCGCCGCCGUUUUAUUUAUUGUUUGCUUUUUAUUUUGAAGGUUUUUCAGUUGUGACCUUGUAGUUAUGUC